AUCUUUUCGGAAAGUAGUCACGCGGGUUUUUCAAUUAAAUUUACUAAAUAGUGUUAGAAAUAAUACACAAAGAUCAUGUUCUAUUCUAUUAAAACAACCGGCAUACCAACACAGCACCUUAAACUGGUCAAAAUCAUAUAACUUUAGGAAUAAUUUCGAUGCCGACAUUUCGAAGAAAUCCAUGCACAGUUGUAAGAACUCUUUCCUCGUCCCCUCCUUGGGUGAAGGCCUCAAAAGAAUACCAUCUGGUUCUGCCCUGUGCCUCCUGCUUCCAGUCUUGAUAGCCCAAAAAAUUCAAGUAAGAGCUAUGGGUGCCUUGAGUCCUCUCGAUCCGGCUUCCUAUUCGCGCCCUGAAAAAGCUAUAAUAAAACAUAUAUCGUUGGCUCUGACCGUUGACUUUGAGAAGCAAAUAUUAUGCGGCUCUGCCACGCUGAACUUUGAUGUCCUUCAGGAUAUUAAUGAUGUGAUACUGGAUGUUAGUAAUCUUACCAUUGAGUCCGUUGAGGCCGAGGACGGCUCUCAACUACAGUACAAAGUCGGGGAUCACGUCCCGAACUUUGGUUCGAAGCUGACCGUGCUACUACCUAAGAAACUAGACAGCGGUGAAAAGUUAAAAAUUAAGAUCAAAUACUCUACGGAUCCUACAGCAUCCGCGUUACAAUGGCUGGAAGCCGAACAGACGUCAGGCAAAAAACACCCAUACCUCUUCAGUCAAUGUCAGCCUAUCCACGCUCGAUCCAUCCUACCGUGUCAAGACUCACCGGCUGUGAAGUUCACUUACGACGCCGAGAUCACAGCUCCUGAGGAGUUCACCGUCCUCAUGAGCGCGUUACGAGGCGAGGUCAAGAGUAACAAGACCACCUUCAGACAGCCCAUGCCACUACCCUCCUAUCUCGUGGCUCUCGCUGUGGGAGUUCUAGAGUCAAGGCAGUUGGGACCAAGGUCAUUAGUAUGGUCAGAGAAAGAAGAGAUCGAGCGCAGUGCGUGGGAGUUUGCGGAGACUGAGAAGUACCUCCAGGCGGCGGAGAAGCUGUGCGGCCCCUACGAGUGGCGCCAGUACGACCUGCUGGUGUUGCCGCCCUCCUUCCCCUACGGCGGCAUGGAGAACCCCUGCCUCACCUUCGUCACGCCCACACUCUUGGCAGGCGACAGGAGUCAAGCUGAGGUCAUAGUUCACGAGAUAAUGCACAGUUGGACGGGCAACCUGGUCACCAACAGGAACUUCGAGCACUUCUGGCUGAACGAGGGAUUCACAGUGUUCCUGGAGAGGAAGGUGGCUGCGUCGCUUAUCAAUGACAGCUCUGAGGCUAAGAAGAGCCGCGACUUCCACAGUCUGUUGGGACUGCAGGAGUUGAAUGAAGCGAUCAAUGAUAACUUGGGGCCGACCAACCCGUUGACGAAACUAGUCCUUAAUCUGACCAAUGUGCACCCUGACGACUCGUUCUCGACAGUUCCUUAUGAGAAGGGAUCCCUGUUUCUGAGGUAUUUGGAAGAUGUACUCGGGGGACCUCCGGUAUUCGAUGGCUUCAUCCGCUCUUACCUGUCGAACUUCAGCAAGCAGUCCAUCGACACUGACCAGUUCAAAUCGUACCUCCUGGACUACUUCAAGGACACGGACAAGCUGAACAGCGUCGACUGGGAGACCUGGCUGCACAAGAGCGGUAUGCCGCCCAUCAUUCCCAACUACGACACAUCGAUGACGAAAGUAAUAACGGCGCUACUGGUCAAGAUCGCAGACCCCAGUCACAACAUAUCGCACCAGGACGUCGCGUCGUUCACGCCGCACCAGAUGAUACACUUGCUUCAGCAGCUGGUAGAUAAGGAACCGCUACCCAUUGAUAAACUGCAGAAGAUUGGACAGGAGUACAAAGUCAACGAGAACACUAAUACGGAGAUUAAAUACAGAUGGCUAAGAAUGUGCAUAAGAAGCAAAGACUCGAGCAAAUUGAAGGACGUAUUUGACUUCGUCAACGGCCAGGGACGAAUGAAGUAUGUGCGUCCCAUUUACAGGGACCUCUAUGCUUGGCAGGAAGUCAGGAACCAGGCCAUAGACAACUUCUUGAAGAAUGAAAAGUACAUGAUGCACGUGUCUGCUUACACUCUGAGGAAGGACCUGCAUCUCGCUGAGAAGACUAAAGCUACAGAGUAGAAUUUUAUACGAGUUUAUAUUGUAAGAUAGUGUAUCUAUAAUUUUAUGCCAUAAUAUUGAGUUGAAUAAAAUUAUUUUAUGAUGUUUUA